UGAUCAAAAGAGAUAAUUCAGAGAUAGCGAUCAAGUGUACACAAAAUCCGAGUCGUUUACUCGAUCACACUUUGUUUUUCCUACCUUUUUCUUGUAGUCUUACUGCACGUGUAUCCGGUUCUCCAUGAAACGGAAAGAAAUGUGACUUAAACGAGAAAGAUGAAUUUAAUAUUUGAUUCACGUCGAGUGUAGGCGAGUGCAAUGCACGAAACGAGCGCAAUGAAUUAUCUGCGAUUCCGACUUCGGAAGUCAGGUAUCUCGCGUGCGGCGAGAGGAACUGAGAGGAACAAUUGAACUUUUAACUUGCCUUAUCUCGCUUGUCGCCCCGAAUGUUACAAAUAAAAUGUUAUGUCGCACGCAGCGGUCGAGCUGUACCAACUGUAUGCUCGGUAUGCUGUCGAUCACGUCUUAGUUUCGCUUUUGUUUUCAGUACAGAGGCGCGUAUUCGGUGAUGUUGCCUCGCCGAGAAUGGCAAUAAUCGAAAAGAUCUUGCAUGAGAGGAUGUUGUGCGUUGAGUUACUGUAUUAAUAAUAUAAAUUGACAUAAGUAUGUACAUCGCAGGAGACCAGUUGAGAGAUGAUACGCGAACCAUAGAUACAAAAAGUUUGCUUGGUUCUGCAAUUGAAAAAUACAAUAGUAUUAUAAUAAAAUCACCUUCUCCUAUUUAUAAUAGAUUUAACCAAGAUUGGCGUAUAGAACCUACAAUGAAACAUUAUUGGGCUGCAUCCUUUUUAUUACCAGUCGGAUCUAUUCUUAUUCUUGCAAUGGUUGUUUUGCUAAUGGUAUUGUUCAAACGAUGUCCUCAUAUAAUAGCCGCGAUUGUUACUGCAAUGCUCACUAUCAUUAUCUUAUUAACAAUUAUAUUGUCACUUAAUCACGAUCCGGUUUAUAUUUAAUAUAUUUAUAUCAAAUAAUUGCAUAUACUGUUACAUAAAUCUUUCUUCCAUAUGUACAUUGA